AACUUCAGCCUUUGACUGAAGAAAGAGGAGAGAGACUUGAAGAUCCAGCAAAUUGGAAAGAAUGGAAGGAAAGGGAAGGGAAGGAGAAUCAACAUUCAAGUUAUUGUUUUUCAAGUUGUGAUUGUUUACCAAACAAAUCAGUGGCCAAAUGACAAUUAGAUUUUCAAAGUGAUGGUUUAAUAAUGCAUUAAUCAUUUUUUUUAGAUGUUUAAUGAUUAUGUUUUCUUUCUUUCUUUCAGGGUCUUGUUCUUGCUGGAGAAAUGAAGGUUUUCACUGAAGCCAAAUUAUUUGUGGUGCUAUGGUCUCUACUUUUAGCAGGACGUACAAGUGAGGCUUCAUUGUACAACUACUCUGCAAGCAUUGAGUGCCUGGUUAAUCCUCUAGAGCCUCAAUAUGAAGGAGGGUUAGUGGCUAAUCCUAACUUUGAAGAUGGCAUAGAAGGAUGGGGUAGGUUUGGAGAUGCGAAAAUUGAAGCGAGAAGAGCAAGCAUGGGUAACAAGUUUAUUGUAGCCUACAAUAGAAGUCAACCAUAUGAUAGUUUCUCACAAUGGCUGUACUUGGAGGAAGGGCUUUUAUACUCAUUUUCAGCCUGGGUACAAAUUAGUGAAGGAAAUGAGAUUGUAGUAGCUAAAUUCAGAAAUUCACAAAACCUUAGUAUGAUUGUGGGCUCUGUUAUAGCUCAACCUGGCUGCUGGUCUAUGCUAAAAGGAGGGCUCACCGUGGAUGUCACCAUGCCAGCCGAGCUCCAUUUUGAGAGCAAAAACACCAGUAUUGAGUUAUGGGUAGAUAAUGUGUCUCUACAACCAUUUACUAGAAGUCAAUGGAGAGAUCAACAAUCCAAAAGCCUAAAGAAGAUACGAAAGAGAAGAGUGCGAUUCCAUGUCUCUAACAAGAAAGGGAAAAGGCUCCAAGGAGUGAAAAUUAACAUCAAGCAAACAAGGCCUCAUUUCCCACUAGGUUGUGCCACUGCACUGACUAUCUUAGAAAACAAAGCUUACCAAAACUGGUUCACCAAGCGGUUUACUGCAACAACAUUUGACAAUGAAAUGAAAUGGUAUUUCACCGAGGAAAUUCGUGGACAUGAAAACUACUCUAUCCCAGAUGCCAUGCUUGCGUUCGCUAAACAGCACAGAAUUUCAGUGAGAGGCCAUAACAUAUUUUGGGAUAAUCCAAAAUAUAAUAUGGAUUGGGUCAGAUCUAUGUCCCCAAAAGAGCUUCUGAGUGCAGCUAUGACCCGAAUGGGUUCAAUAAUGUCGAGGUAUUCUGGUGAGGUUAUUGCGUGGGAUGUCAUGAAUGAGAAUUUACACUUCUCCUUCUUUGAAGAUAAAAUAGGUCCAAAUGCUUCUGCUAUGUUCUACAAGAUUGCACAAGCUCUAGAUUACGAAACACCUAUGUUCAUGAACGAGUAUAAUACUUUGGAGUACGUGGAAGACAUGAACUCCAUUCCAGCAAAGUAUGUGGAGAAACUUAGAAAGAUCAAAUCUUUUCUGGGAAAUGAAGAAAUGGUGGUAGGGAUUGGAUUACAAGGUCAUUUCAGCGAGCCAAACAUAGCUUAUAUGCGCGCAAGCUUAGAUUUUCUUGGCGCGACCAAAAUGCCUAUAUGGAUUACAGAAUUAGACGUUGAAAGGGGCUCGAAUCAGGCUACAUACUUGGAAGAAAUUAUGAGGGAGGCAUAUUCGCAUCCUGCUGUUGAAGGAAUCAUAGUGUGGUCAGGGUGGAAACCAACAGGUUGCAGUAACAUGUGCUUAACAAACAACGAUUUCAAGAACUUGCCUGCCGGAGAUGUUGUCGACAAGUUAAUUGAAGAGUGGAAGACAGAUAACUUACAAGGAGUGACCGACGAGAAUGGAGUCUACGCAAACCACAUUUUUCAUGGAGAGUACAUUGUAACAGUUUCGAACGCUUUUGCUGGUGAAAAUUUGACAAAGCAUUUGGUGGUGACGAGUGAUAAAUCUGAACCAUUUGAUGUUUGGAUAUCCAUUUGACAACACAAUUUGUGUUUUGGCUAACAAAAAAGUUGAAUGAAUGAAAUUGUGAAUC